CUUCCCUCCCCUCCCUUUUCCCUCCUCCCUUUUCCCCCGCGCAGACAGCUAUAUUUUCAGCCGCAGUCAGUGCAGAUUCAUGAAAAUCUGAUGGCCGACACCGCCGUCGCCCAACACAGGGGGUGGGACGAGUUCCAGCGGCACAGACACCAUUUGCACCCGCCGCCCGUGUGGGAUGAAGACCAAGUAAGGAGGGAGACGGCCAACAAGGCACCCGACCAAUUCGCACGCAAGAAAUGGACCUUUUUCUUCAAGGUUUGGCGCCGAUUGACUCACUGCACUACACCUAUCCUCGUCUGUUUUCUGUCUGUGUGGGCCAGUACGCCCAGGUGGCGCGUCAUGGGCGGCCCGAGGCCACAGUGCUUCCAUCCAUUGAGGCUCAGGACAAGAGGUCAUCGUACGUGUCGACGGGGAGUCUGCUGCUCGAGCAUUCGGCGACGGCGACGCUCGACAGUGACGCACAGCCCUUGCCGCCGCCCGAGGACGUGUCGCAGACACAGGAGGGGGUCGACAGAUACUAUGCGGCCUGUGAAGGCAAGCGACUGGCAUGGAUGAAUCAAAGGUUGGUGUAGCUAGGCCAUCUGUGUGUGCAACGUGCUGCAGAUCUGAAUCUGCUCCCCACAGCAACUGGUUUGGUGCGGCGGCAUGACUAUGAGGUCAACCUGAGGGGCCAGAGCCUGGGAGACUCAUACGCUACUGCACUGGCAAAAUGGUGGGCAAAGACACCGGCAAGGAGCCAGAGAUGAUUGUGUCAUGUCUCUGUCAGCGACACGUUCCCUCCCGGCCUGCAGAGCAUCAACUUGAGGGGCAACCGACUGACCGACAGGGGUGCGGCGACGCUUGGGGCCACCCUGCCGUCGAGUCUGGAGCGGCUGGACCUCAGUGACAACCACAUCGGAGCGGAGGGGGUGACACACAUAGGGAGGAAGCUCGCACACAUGAAGACCCUGCAGGUGCUCAGGUUCGCCGGUAAGUAAGCCUGGCUGUCAGUGCAGAGAGUGAAGUGCAUCAAGCACAGAGCUAGUUGUUUGUGUGUCAACUUCCUUCCUCCGCCUCUCCAGACAACAAGCUUGGUGACUUGGCAGUGGACAUGCUGUGCACAGCAAUCAGCAACUGUCAAAAGCUGCGAGAACUCGACCUGGUAUGUAAGUGGGUGCACGAUCGACGGAAAGCAUAGCGUCUCACUGUAGUGUGCUGGUGUGUGUAGAGCUGCAAUGGCUUCAAAGAGACCGGGGCCAAGGCAGUGGCGAUGCUCGUGGCUGACCAUGAAGUCCUCGCCAAGCUGGACCUGCACUGGAACGAAAUCUCGGGGGCCGGCGGACUCGCAUUGGCCAAUGGUGGGGGUGGCUCAGCCAUACCUACGGGCACACUCAUGCUUUGCUGUCUUUCCUGGUGACUGGCUGUCAGCAUUGAUGGAGAACGCAGCUUCGAACGGCCGCCUACGUGACGUCAAUCUGGCGUGGAACAAUCUAGGCAGCGGCAACGCCGUCCCCACGUGUGAGGCCUUCGCACGCAUCUUCAGCGAGAGAUCCACCCUUCGGCACCUCGACAUAUCCUACAACAAGCUCGACGCCAAGUGCUGCAGCAUACUCGCAGAAGGUGCGUGAGCUGGUCCAUGUGGAAGCGUUGUGUGUCCACAUAGAGAUGUCUGUCUGUGCAGGGCUGCAGGGUAACCACUCGCUGUUUGAUCUUCAUGUGGCCGGCAACGCUGCAUAUGUCGACGCGAUCGGGUGGGCAAGGCAACACACGUACAUGUACAUGUAUUCCUUUGCCUCUGUCUCUCGUGGCAUUCGUUCAUCCAUCUAUCCUUUCCAGCUUUCUGGUGCCAGUCGAGUCUGCCGACGGUGCACACACACACACACACACACACACAUUGCUCGGUGUCCUUCCUGCAUCCAUCACGUAUACGCGCCUGCAGACAUGCCAUUGCAGCGUUGCACGUCCAUCAGCGGCGGUGCCGACGAGAACUGCUGGGUAUCCGUCAGGUGGACCGAGCAACUGUUCGAGUACACCGCCAUGUGCAGCGGGCCUGCGCCAGCCAAGGCACAUGACGUGUGGCUGCUGACGUCGUUCGACCACUACAAACCCAUUCGAAUGAUGACUCUGGCAGAUGACAACAGCGAAGACAAAAGGUGAUGGACACGGAUAACCAGGUGUUCGUGACCGUCUGUUUGUCGCGUGUCUCUGUCUCAUCAGGUACGUCAUUUGCCGGGCCGUCCCGCCCGGACGCUACCAGUAUUUCUUCCAGGUCGAUGAUGAGGCCGUCGCAGCCAUCGACAACCCUGUGGUGCGAACACACGCACGCACACACAUACACACACAAACAAACACUCGUAGGCUGGUACCGUCCUCUCUCUCUCCUUUUGUGUCCUUUGCGCUUGUGAAGAUUGAGUUGGACGAGCCCGUGUCAGUGACGCUGGAGCCGAUUGAGGAGGGAGAGCCGCCAAAGAAGACGCACACCAAAACUGUACACACGCAAAGAGACACAAACAGAGAGACACAGAGAUACUUCGUCACUUGCAGGUGAAUGUCGGGGUAGCCCCGCUGCGUCCAAAGGGCGUGGACAUAGGUGAGAAUGUGCAGCCCCGCAAGCUCGACACGCCGAUUAGCGUGGCUGAGGUGCAGCAGCUGCGGCCGCGCGUGCCGUCUCUGUUCGCCUCGUAUCGGCUGGACACCAAUGACCUGCUCAACAAGUGCUUCGAAGAGGACUGGAGGCGAUCCAAACUCAACAAAUACGGUGGAUACGAUACGCCACGCCGUGCCUGUCGUUUGUGGAUUGGCUGAGCUGGAUGGGUGUAUACGGGGUGGGUGCUUUGCAGUGAAGGAUGUGGAUACGCGUCAGCGUCUGAAAGAGAUCCUGAGGCCACAUUACAACUCGCUCAGGCUCAUCUACAAGUCAGUGAGACACGCAGACAAGCAGAAGGGAACCACACAUCAUGAUGCUGUGUAUCAUUACACACGUACUAUCAGGCACUUUGCUGCUUUGGAGAAGGCUGACACAGCCAUUCCCGCCCUGGCACUUAACGACUUCACGGAGAUCCUCGAAACAUUCGGUCAGUGCCCCGCUGUGCAAAAUGAAUGCACGACACCACACAGCCUCGUUGCUUGGGUCUGCAGACAUCAUCGACGACCGUACUUGCAAGCUGAAAGUGAGAAACAAGAGACAUGACAUCUCAUCAACGGAGCCUCUCGUAUGCUUGCGUGUGUGUCUUUUCCAUCUAUGCAGGAUGGUGAUAUGGUUUUUAUAGCCGCGAAUGUGCUGGACAAAGGCGACGGGCACGGCGACAUGACGAGGCCGGAUCACACCCACAUAAUACACGUCAAGAAUCCUUUGAUUGUCGACAACUCGCUCAUGCGCUUCCAGUGGCUAGAGGCUAUCGUCAGGCUGGCCGACCAGAAAUACAAGAAAAGUAACGGCAGCGUAGCGGUGUGCAUACUGACAAAUGCAAGAGGUUUCUGUGUCCAGGUGGUGAUGCCGAGACGCUCGGCGAGGCGAUGGAGAUCCUCCUGGUGUGGUCAAAGAGAGAGAAGGGACGGAAAUGGCUGUCUGUGCGCAUGCAUGAACGCACCAUGUGUGCAGGAGAGUCACAUAUUGCCUUACGAGAAGGACUACCGCAAACCCAUCGACUGGCGAACGGAAGGUAGUGAGCACACCUCAAAUCGCUGCCAGUCUCUCUGUUUUCCACCUGCUUGCCUGCCUGCCUGUCAGAGCUGUUUACCGAGGCUGUUCAGCAGGUGUAUUCGCGACACAUGAAGACCAUCAGAGCAGCAUUCGACGACUACGCCAUGUAAUGAAUAUUUGGGCGCCAAACAACACAAUUCGCAUACGUACUUUCUCUCUUGUCUGUCUGUCUGUGUGUCUGUCUGUCUGUCUGUUUGUCAGGCGUGAUGCGGGGUCUGGUUUGCCGCCAUACAUUUGCCUGCCUGAGUUCAACGCCUUCUGCGAAGCCGCCAGUAACUACGGGCGGGCCCGCGCAUUAUACGCAUACGCACUUGCAAUGUCUCAUUCCUGUUUGUUGACUUCUCAGAUGCACUGGACGGCCGCUUCACUGCUCGUGAGGUGUCUCUAGCAUUUACCCUCGCAAUGAUGACACAGGUAAGCAACUUAGACCAAGCUGGUCGAUGCGGCAGAGGGAUGUGCGCAUGUGCCCGUAGGUGAAUGAGACCGAUAAGCGGCGUCACCUGGAGAUGUCCUUCGUGGAGUUUCUGGAGGCGGUGGGGCGGAUCGUGUACAUGAGGGAGGGAUAUGACAGCGCACAAUUGCCUGCACUACUGGUCAGUCAGCUACACCCUCUGAACGAGUGGCCGCUGCACAUGUACGUCCGAUUUCCUUUUUGCAGGAUUCAUUCCUGGCCAAUAAUGUAGCGACGAGGGUGCCGCCAGCCAAGCCAGCUGAGGGUGACGAGGAAGAGGAGGGCCAGGCGAACGAUCCUGCUGAAGAGACGGACACUGACAGCCCCCAAGCUGCUGCUCCGGCUGCUGAGGGAGAGGCCGAUACACCCCAUGAAUGAGGAGGCACACACAGAGUGUCCGUGCUCUUUAUACGUAUGCAUAUCCCCCUUGUUGCCUGUCACCUGCUGCUGUUGGUGUUAGUCUGUGAGAUGAAGCUGACGGACAUCCAUGUCUUCAUCCCCCGUUGGCGAGGCGACCGAAUCCAUGAAUUCAUGAGUGGAUUGAUUCAUGUGUCAGUCAACGCAGUCAGUGAC